CGUCACACGGGUUAUUGAGCCUGACAUUACCGUAGUGUCAUUUCAAAUGCAUGUGGUUAUGGGACAGUACUAGUAACAUGUUGCGCUUUCUGCCUUCGCGUAUAUUCACUAACAUAGUGAGGCUCAGUAGCCGCUGUGGAAGUACAGAGGCAGCGAAUAGAGAUGCAGUCGGAACCCGACCCCAUUUAUACACAACUCCAAUAUUCUACGUGAAUGCAUCUCCCCACCUUGGGCAUGUGUACUCGGCCCUGCUGGCUGAUGUGCAACAUCGCUACUCCGCCAUGUGCGGCAUAGAGAGCAGGCUUAGCACAGGUACAGAUGAACAUGGCAUGAAGGUACAACAAGCGGCCUCUGCUCUCAGUUUAGACCCGCACACAUUUUGUUCUUCUGUGUCUCUCCAGUUCCGCAAUAUAUUCGAUGACCUUGAUAUCUCUUACACAGAUUUUGUGCGCACAACUGAACCCAGACAUAAAGAAGCAGUGAGCAGGUUCUGGAUGACCUUAGAAGAGCGAGGAUAUAUAUACAAAGGGACAUAUGAAGGAUGGUAUUGCACAUCUGAUGAGGCCUUCCUAAGUGAGGGACAGACAGCAGAGCGCAUUGACUCUGAGGGCAACAAAAUCCGAGUGUCUCUGGAGAGCGGCCAUCAGGUACACUGGGUGAGUGAGGAGAACUACAUGUUUCGACUGUCAUCUCUUCGCCCUGCUCUGUUAAACUGGUUACAGACAGAACCUGUGCAUCCAGCUCCAUUUCUUAGAUUAGUACAUCAUUGGCUUGAGGAAGAACUGCCAGACCUUUCUGUGUCUAGACAGCGCAGUCGUUUAUCCUGGGGAAUACCUGUGCCUUCUGACUCCUCUCACGUCAUAUAUGUCUGGUUGGAUGCUCUAGUAAAUUACCUAACUGCUGCUGGAUAUCCUAAUCUACAGUUGGCACCAUGGGGCCCUUCCACCCACCUCCUUGGUAAGGACAUUUUGCGCUUCCAUGCUAUUUACUGGCCUGCUUUCCUGAUUGCAGCUGGUCUGUCUCCUCCCCAUAAACUGCUUGUUCAUUCUCACUGGACUUCAGAAGGUACAAAAAUGUCUAAAAGCCUAAAAAAUGUGGUGGAUCCGGCAGACUGCAUCAGGCGUUACACAAAAGAUGGGCUGCGUUACUAUUUGUUGCGCCAUGGUGCACCAGAGAGAGACUGUGAUUUCACACACCGAACUGCCCGCACACUGCUUAACUCAGAGUUGGCUGAUGCCCUUGGGGGUCUACUAAACCGUUGCACUGCACCUGCUAUUAACCCAAUGCAGCACUUUCCAAAAUUCCACUAUGACAGUUUCCCUUCAGCUGCUCAUGAUCAGCUACAAGGUGUGCUUGCCAAUUUGCAGAAUCUCCCUGCAGAGGUGGACCAAUGGGUGAAGAAAUUUCAAGUGCACAAGGCUUUGGAGUGUAUUGAUGCCUGUGUACGUCGCUCCAAUGCCUUCUUCCAAAGUCAGGCUCCAUGGAAACUCCAAAGGGGAGUAGAGAAAGAGGCUGCUUUGAGGGACUCUGUUAUAUAUGUGACAUUGGAAUCUCUUCGACUGUAUGCCACACUUCUUCAACCUGCAGUGCCUGGACUGGCUACCGCGGCACUGGAGAGGCUUGGUGUCCCUCUUGAGAUGAGAACGCUCAAGGGGAAUACAUUCUUAGCUGCUACAAGGGGAGAAAGCUGUUACUUUCAGGGCCAAACUCUAGGUCCAGAAAAAGGCCUGCUCUUUCCUAGGCUGGAGAGGUGCGAAGCUUUAUAGUAGGAAGGCUGCUAGUGUUGGCAGUAGGGUCACAUGUUAUAUUAAAAUAUUAGUGUCUCUACCGAUGGUAAACUUUUAUUUUCAGUUUUAUCUUAAGUCACCCAAAUCCAAUUUUUUGUUUCUGUCUCCUAUAAUUACUUUUACCAAAGAAAACCAAAAUAACAUUUUAAACUAAAAACAUUAAGACUAUAAGGUACUAUUUUAGCACGAGCCACUGUAUGUUCUUAAAUAUUUUCUUUGCUCUUGUGCUUCUUAGUGCCCUUGCACUUGCACCCAGGGGCUUUCAGAAUGAGCCCUUAUGUGUUUACUAAAUUGUUAUGACUAAAUGCAAUACCGAUUUAAAGACACAGCAGAGGAAAGUGUGUGUGUAUGUAAUCGGUAAUUCAUUUACUCACACGUUUAAACCAACAAUUGCAAACACAGGGGAGUCAGAGGGGGGAACUAAGUUCAGUAAAAAUAGGCAAUGUGUCUGUGUUUUGUCUGAAUGAGGUCUGUAAUUGGUAUUCAGUUUAUCCAUAACUUUUGGACCAAUAAUUUAGCCUUUUUAUUUAUUUGGGUCCCAUUCUACUAGUUGUCAGGGCUCCCCUUUUCCAGGUGUCCUAUGGGUUAACAGUUAGGGUCUCACAGAGGGGAAUGCCCUGCUAACUUAGUAGUGUGGAGUCCCUUGAUUCCUAAAGGCAGCUCUGAGUAUAUUAUUUUCAUCUCAGCAUGACUGAUGGCGACUCUUUGCUGAGACAUUAUUCAGUGUCACAGUGUUGGCUGUGGCAAGGUUGUGGCACUUUUGUAAAAAUUAAAUAUUAUGCCCAUUCUUUUUAGUAAUACUGACAUACAGCUAUGUCACUAUCACUUAAAAAAACAACAGUUCCUUUAUAGUUUAUUCAGGUUACACCACAAAGUGUAUUCUGUUCAUAAAUCAGAGGUUAUUAGACUAUGCACUGCAUACCAGUGGGGUGGUAUAAAAAUGUAUUUAUCAAAUGUU